CUUGUGCUGGUCCAAAGUUACACAGCACCACCAAAUUUCGCAUUCCAAAGCCAUUUCUCUCUCUUCUCUCUCUCUAUAUCUCUCUCUACAAUUUUUCGUUUCCUCUAUGUUUCACUAUAUAAUUAUUCCAUAACCAUAUUUUGGAAGUGAUUCUUGACUAUAUAUACAUAUAUAUAUAUAUAAGAAUGUCGUUGUAUUCCACUAAUCAGCUGCCGCCGCUGGUAGAGGCGCCGCCGUCGGGGGCGGCGGUGGAGGCGGCGGCGGCGGCGAGCCACUCGACGCACCACUCGAUGGAGACGCUGGUGGUGGUGCUGGCGGUGAUCACAAUACUCGGAGUCGUCGCCGGAAUCAUUGCCCGCCUCUGCGGCGGCCGCCAUUUGGGAGGCUCCGGCGAACACGACAUUGAAGGAUGGGUCGAGAGGAACUGCCGCAGCUGUAUUGACGCCGGCGUCGCCACUGCGCCGCCGCCGGCCAAGGCGGAGCCGCCCAAGCAAGAAGAAGUAAAGAAGUGAGACGACACGUACGGACGGACGUUAGGUGUGUUCAAAUUUAUGUAGCUAAGUUCAGUGUGUGUAAUAUUUUGAUUUUAUUUAUUUAUUUAUUUAUAAUCAUUUUCAUAUCU